AUGGCUCUAAGGAUUAUGAGGAUUGCGAUCGUGCUCCCCAUUUACUCGAUCUUCUCCUUUCUGUCCAUUUGUUUCCCAGAUGCCUAUGUCUACCUGAUUGGAUGGGUUGAGGUUUUCCAAGGAAUUGCUCUUUACAGCUUUUUGAUGCUUCUCUGUGACUUUCUCGCGCCAAAUGAUCGACACAAAGUUUACUUUUUUGCAUCUUUGAGAAUUCCAAGCUCAUACAACAAGGAUAAAACAACCGACGGGCUAUCUUGGCUUUGGAGAACCUGGUUUUUCGUGCUUCAAUACCCAAUUGUCUCAUUCGUUACCGCCAUUGCUCAAUGUAUCACACAAGCAGCGGGUGUCUACUGCCUAGACAGUCGUGACAGGCGCUUUGCUCAUCUUUGGAUCAACGUAACCCAAGUCAUCUCAGUGGCUUUCGCUGUUUUGGCUAUUCUGAGGCUCUACCGGAAUGUCAAAUCCUACAUACAGGAACACAAACCACUGGCUAAGCUUCUGGUCUUUAAGCUGGUCGUUGGCCUUGUAUUUUUGGAGAAGAUCAUCUUUAUGAUUGUUGACUCUGCAAAUGGCCUCGAACCUUCGGAUACACUGAGCUACGCGGAUACCAUUAUCGGCAUUCCGACCAUGAUCAUUUGUCUUCAAAUGAUCCCCUUUGCACUCGUAUUCCCCUAUUCCUAUCCCACAAAGCCCGAUAAAGCAUCGAGUACCACCCGUGCCAGCGACUCUCAACAGCAUCGUGCCGUUGUCGAUAGCGAGAGUGGCAGGCCUUUUGCAAAACGCUACCAAGGUGGUCCCUUGGGGAUCUGCGCAUGGCUUGCUUUGUGGAAUCCUGUCGACUUCUUCCGAGACAUCAUGUCAACACUAUACAUGUUUCGGGCCGCGGAGAUGGAACUAAGGGAGGCCGGUGUGAGCCUGAAUUCCCGGGUGUAA